AUGCCAAGCGUUAUCCGGAAGGUGUGCGACCCUCCGUCUAGUGACGCCUGCGAUGCCCCAAUGCUCAACGUGCAAAGUAGACGCCAAUUUAAGACAUCGGGAUCAGGAGACCUGGAGAAGUACGUUUCCCCGUCAUUUACACCAAUACUGCGCGAGCUUCUGCCAAGAAAUAAUACAGAGCUUGGAUUUGGCGGCAACUGGUUUUGGAGUUGCUAUUUUCAUGCACUGUAUGGAGAAGACUUAUUGGCCAACCUAAAUGGAACGGGCGUGAACUUGUCAGAGGAUUCCCUAGAUGCGCAAAUAGCCCUACGACGGAGGCUGGUGUCUUUGGCCGAUGCAAAGGAGACUGACGUUGCCAUUGAGCAAUGCUGCUCAAAACUCGAAACUAUUUGCGCAAUAUGCCUAUCACUUGUUUUGCAUGUUGCACAGCAGCCUAUGCUGGAAGAUGAACAGGGCCCCCAGGCCUUGGUGCUGUGCGCCACAAAAGAUCAAUGUGACGAAGUGCACGCAUUAAUCGAUCGCUUCGGGGCCGCGUUGCAUUUGGUGACACACAACUUAUUUGGCGUGUACCCUCCAAUGCCUGCUGGUAGACGCGCGGAUAUCGUCGUGGGAACCCUCCCACUCUGGGAAAGUGUGGCGCAGGUGAGCCCUCUCGCCAGUCACGAUGGCCUCGAGGAGAUCCUCUAUACCGUGGCGCACGAUUCGCGUUGGACUGCGUCAUCUACUCGAUGGAGGCCAUACUCACUCGAUUUCGUUGCGCAGUUGGUCCUCGUAGAUUUGGAGUUACAGCAAGCACUGGGCUACGAACCAAUGCUUCGACGGUUGUUUUUGGAACACAGAAGGCCCGCGUGGCCACCCUCGAAUCGUGCUAAUGAUAAAGCUGUUCAAAAAAACGGACGUGGUCGCUCUGCCCCAAGUGGGCUUCCGCAGGGAUGCCAACUCUACUGUUUGGUUGGUGGGUGCAAAAAUGGAGAAGGGCUGUUUGCCGCUUUGCGCACCUCGCGUGAAAGGGGUGGGGAAACCGCAAAUAAUGAAGGUUUGGCCCACAUUACACUGAAGUUGGAAUUCGUACAGCAGGAAACCAUGAAGGUCGAGCAUACAUCCACUAGUUCUCGCAAGCGAGGAAGGGAUGAUGAUGAUGAUGAUGAUGAUGAUGAUGAUGAUAAUAAUGUCGCCGCUCUUGAGGAGCAGACCUCAAAGGACCUCCCUAGGUUGGUAGUACAUAACGCACUCUCACACUCCCGGGUUUUACUUGAUGCAAGCGCCUUCGAGGACUUCGCGGCAGAGACUAAGCGCCGAGCUGAGGCUUUUUGGUCAAGGUUUGAGGUGACACCGUCCUCCCCCACCAAUAGAGAUGAUGCGGCGGCAGCGGCCGUUAUUGACGUGCAGAUGGCCUAUGGGUGCAUUGAAGUUGAUCGGGGACACGCAGAUGGCAGAGACAACAAUACCAACGCCGCCAAGGCGUGGUGUGUGGUGGAGACGGUGGCAAUCAUUACACCCGUCGAUGCAGGUGCUGCUCACCCGUCGCGAACUGCACUACUGUUGCGGCACCUGGAGGAUGAGCUUUCUGGGCAGAUAUUUGAUGGCAGCGUUGUGUACUGUUGUCACCAUUACGGCGUCAUAAGUGAGGUGACCCUGUCUGCCGUGACAUUGCAUGCGCUCUUUGCGUCAACUUCGGCGUCGCUUUCACAAAGGCCGGUGUUUUUGCGCCUGACGGAGAAAGAGGAAUUACGGCGAGACGGAAUGGAUGCAGCUACACGGCGCUCGGGUUUACGCCAAUUGGUAGCUCAAGCUUCUUUGUUGUCCAUUUCGUCGUCAUCGUCAUCGUCAUCGCCGUCGCCGUCACUGUUGAAUGUUGGUGAGGCGUGGAGCUUCCCACGGCAUAAAUUUCUCGACGACUUGCCCUUCCAGACGUGGCGUUCCGUCCUUGUCUUUCGACACAUCGCUGCGACGGCUCUGGCGUUUUGCGAUGCCGCAAGCGGCGCCAAGCCAACAGCCCUUCUGUUCUUGGAGGAAUGCUGCCAAUACGGAAAGGUUGUUUCGUACUUUGUGUAUGAGCAGCGGUGCGCGGAAAAGGACGAUGAAAAGUGUGUGCACUUCUUUGUGGAGUUUGCAACGCGCGAAGGGGCAAUAGAGGCUGUGCGGCAGUUCUCGCUGCGUCUUUCGAACGAGAGUCAGGAAGGGAAAUUUCCCACACACGUAAAACUGUUUUCCAGUGAACUGUACUAUGAGGGUGCCUUGGCUGAGCUACGCAAGCAACGAGACACAGGCGGGAACAGAGUUACUGGCCGUACAGUUGAGGAGGACGACGGCGACAAUGACGACGAUGACUUCAUCGACAUUUCACUUCUUGGUGAGUAG